AGACAUCUCAGCACAAUUUAUAUCAUUCACAUUUUAGUGAUGAUGAUUAAUCUGGGUAGCAAUGGUGGAUGAUGAUGUGCAAGUGAAAAAUAACAUUAAACCUUCCUAUUAUUAUUGAUGAAGAUUCCUAAGCAUUCCUGAAAAUGGGUGCAUUUUUGGAUAAACCAAAAACAGAAAAACACAGUGAGCAUGGCUGCGGAAAUGGACUGUCUUAUGGCCUCAGCAGUAUGCAGGGAUGGAGGGUCGAGAUGGAAGAUGCACAUUGCGCCCUGGUCGGCCUUCCUCACGGCUUGAAAGAUUGGAGUUUCUUUGCUGUGUUUGAUGGUCAUGCCGGAGCCAGAGUCAGCGCCCACUGUGCUGAAAACUUGCUGAACACCAUCAUACAGUCUGAGGAUUUCGGUAGUGACUCCGGAAACAACAUGGAAUUCACUGUCGAAGAUGUGGAGAAAGUAAAGAAAAGUAUCAGGGACGGUUUCCUUCACCUAGACGAGAGAAUGAAGAAAAUACCAGAAAUUGCAUCUGGUGAAGACAAAAGUGGCUCAACCGCUGUGUGCACUCUCAUCUCUGCAACUCGUUUCUAUUUUGCCAACUGUGGGGACUCCCGUGCAGUUCUGUCACGCAACAAGCGAGCGUUCUUCGUCACGGAAGAUCACAAGCCAAUCAAUCCAGCCGAGAAGGAGCGCAUCCAGAAAGCGGGGGGUAGUGUCAUGAUUCAGAGGGUCAACGGCUCUCUCGCGGUGUCUCGAGCUUUAGGUGAUUACGAGUACAAGCAGGUGGAAGGCAAAGGACCAUGUGAACAGCUCGUGUCGCCAGAACCUCAAGUGGACGUUUUAGAGCGACACAGUGACUUCGAUGAGUUUCUUGUUUUGGCUUGUGAUGGUGUGUGGGACGUUAUGACGAAUGAUGAAAUUUGUGAUCAUAUUAGGUAUAUGAUGCAGAUCACAACAGAUUUGGAAUUCAUCUGCAACUGUGUAAUAGAUGCAUGCCUUUGUAAAGGAAGUAAAGAUAAUAUGAGCAUCGUACUUGUCGCCCUUCCUGGAGCUCCAAAAUUAUCAGAAAAGGUUAUUCAACAAGAUAAAGAAAUAAACAAAAUGUUAGAAAAAAAAGCAAGAGAGAUUGUUUCGGGAGCUGAAGGUAUAGAAAUAACAGAAGUUAUGCGAAUUUUAGCUGAAGAUGAAAAUGUUCGGAAUACUUUAUUAACGGUACCUCUAGGAUCUUUAUUUUUUAAGCAUUCAUUUGUGGAAGAAGUAUGUAAUAAAUUGAAAAAUAAUCCAUCUGUGCAU